AUGCUUCAACAGGUGCUGGUUGGUGGUGCCUUCCUCGCCGUGUUGGUUCUCAAGGAAGGCUAUGAGCUCGUGCGCGUAUACUGGCUCGAUAGCCCAGAUCAAACCUUCGCUGAGAUACGCAUCGUCCUCAAGGAGGUCGGAGAGGGACUCACACGUUUGGAACAUUAUAUGAAGGCACAACUAUUUGCUUCUGGGGCAAUUUCUUGCAACGAGAUCAGCUAUCGCGGCGUGCAUGAGCUGAAGCAGGAAUGGCACGACUGCGAGCGUCUCUACUUUCGUUUGAAGCACGACUUGAGGAGAUACUACCCUCGUAGAUGGACACUAGUCAUCUCGGGCGCGCAGCUGCUGACUGAUAUACGUGACCUACGCGGUCGAGUGUACACAUUAGAGCAAGAUUGGCUGAGAACCUCUAGUGUCAUUUUGUAUGAUAGCGACCCUGAGGGUGAAUAA